AGUUUAAUGUCCUCCGAUAGAAACACGUGUGCAAUAUUCGAGUAGGAUUAGACACCUGUGUUUUGAUAAUUUUAUUUUAACUUUAGCAGUUUCUCUUCAAAGAAAUUUUGAAUUAUGAAAAACAAGUAACCCCAUUAACUUAAUGGAUAUUACUAUAUCGAUCUCCUCUGGUGUCACAUUUUAAACUGAUGUUUGAAUAGCAUAUUACGUCGCUUUGGAUUGGACGGUCCUUGCUCUGUCAUGAUACAAGGUCAAGGAUUCAGAUAGUGUUGGCCACCGGCUGUGGGGAAACAUGACUGUGUCAGUCAACAUGGCCGAAACGUCUGAAGGACUGUGCACUCCUUCCCCAGGUUAAUAAAUAUCACAAAUAAGUACGUUUUUAAAGAAACCAUGGAACGAAAGAAGACAUCUAUAUUAAUCACGGUUUAUGGAUUAAUUGCCAUAACUUUGCAUGUGAUUUCGUGUUCAAAUGACUUUGAAGAGGAGUUUCAGUUAAUCCAAGACAAACCUUUCCCAAAUGCAACAGUUUACGAUAAAAAGGUCACCUGUGGACAACACAGAGCGGGUUUAUAUCCCACCGAGACCUGGACUUGCAAUGACAUCAGGGUGGAUGGACUGAGGAUAGCCUAUGGUUACUACCCAGGUUUAGGCGCAGACACAAAGUGUACCGAAACUGGUGGCUUUGAUGAACUGAGAGAACUCUGCGGACAACUGCUGAAGUCGGUGGCCUUUGAUGGAAAGCUAUGGGGAGCACAGGUAUCAAAUGCCACCUGUGAGUUUACAGAAAACACCCGGCUUACCUUGAACCUGGUAUAUGAGGGCUAUGAGUGGCAAGAACUGGGGCCAGGACAUGGGAUGAUAGAGACCCUCCAGUGCACCGCUUUCCCAAACGAUGAAGACGUCACGAUUCUGUGAUGUCACGAUUCUGUGACGUCAACCCUGGACUCGCCGUGUGCGUGUAGUUGUGCAAUCAUGAAAACUCUCGAUUUACAACAUAACUUUGUUUUCAUACAUUCUGCUGUAUGAUCUCCUUGAUCUCAUAUUUCAUAUUUUAGUGAAUGAAUGAGUGAGUGAAUAUUGAUAUUCCAAUUUUUAUUUGCGUAUUGAACCUGAAAAAUGUAUGCGUUCAGGGCGGAUAAUAUUUGCGAGCUGACAAUGGAAACGAGAAAAUUUGUAUAAAUUUCCCUCUUGCUUUCAUUGCUUUAUGUCGCCGUAAUGCAAACUAGCUAUUUAUUCUUUAUAUUUCAUGAAGAGUGCUAUGUUAUGUCAAGAUGAGAGUACACUUGCAUGGCAGUAUUUUUUGUUUGUUGGAUUUUUAUUUUCUUUUUUUGAGGAAAACAUAUUACAAUGAAACAGCCUCCACAUUCUUUACUGACGAAGCUCCGGUAUAUUUUAAGUAUCAAUCCAUAAAGAAGGAUCCCCCCCCUUAUUUUUCAAUUUGAUAAAACUAUAAUACAAUGAAACAGUCGUAUUUUGUUGGAGUAAAAAUAUCACUGUCUAGUAAAGAACAGCACAAUGCCUGCUCUGGAAGAAACUUCUCCUCUCUUCCUCUUUCGAAAUUAAGGGGUAAUUGUGACAAGGUUUUAAAUAAAUCGUCAGAAGAGUACGUCUCUCGAGUAGUAUUGAUCUGAGUAAUUUAGUGUUUUAAAAAGUGUAGCACACAAAUUGAUGCUAUUGACCAAUCAUAAUUCGUUUUCCAAUUCGUCUUCCAAUUUAACCCCGUGCAGGUUCCAUAAUUGUUUUGACAGUAUGUUUUUAAAUGAUUUUACCAUUCUUGUUGCAGGCACUUUACACAGUCUGUAAUCUAUAUGAAUGUCUUCUUUUUUAGUCGAACACUUCACUUUCUGAAAUACCAUGGCCUGUCAAAGGGCUUCCAUAUUUUUAUGACUGGGUCAUUAUAAGAAGCUUGUUUAUUUGAGUAAAUAAACAUUUCUUAUCAUUCAA